GCGGGGCUCAGUCGGGGGGCGGCGGCGGCGGCGGCUCCGGGGAUGGCGGCGGCUCCGCUGCUGCUGCUGCUGCUGCUCGUGCCCGUGCCGCUGCUGCCGCUGCUGGCCCAGGGGCCUGGGGGCGCGCUGGGAAACCGGCAUGCGGUAUAUUGGAACAGCUCCAACCAGCACCUUCGAAGAGAGGGCUACACGGUGCAGGUGAACGUCAACGACUAUCUCGAUAUUUACUGUCCGCACUACAACAGCUCAGGGCCUGGCGGCGGGGCAGAGCAGUACGUGCUGUACAUGGUGAACCUGAGCGGCUACCGCACGUGCAACGCCAGCCAAGGUUCCAAGCGCUGGGAAUGCAACCGGCAGCAUGCCUCGCACAGCCCCAUCAAGUUCUCCGAGAAGUUCCAGCGCUACAGCGCCUUCUCGCUGGGAUAUGAAUUCCAUGCCGGCCAAGAGUACUACUAUAUCUCCACGCCCACUCACAACCUGCACUGGAAGUGUCUGAGGAUGAAGGUGUUCGUCUGCUGUGCCUCCACAUCGCACUCCGGGGAGAAGCCGGUCCCCACUCUCCCCCAGUUCACCAUGGGCCCCAAUGUGAAGAUCAACGUGUUGGAAGACUUUGAGGGAGAGAGCCCCCAGGUGCCCAAGCUUGAGAAGAGUAUCAGCGGAACCAGCCCCAAGCGGGAGCAUCUGCCUCUGGCCGUGGGCAUCGCCUUCUCUCUCAUGACACUCUUGGCCUCCUAGCUCUGCCUUCCUGUGACGGAGAGAGGUGGGGCGGGGCUGAGAAGGAGCAGGGAGUCAGCUGUGGAGCCUGCAUCUUUCUUUCCAUGGCUGGGGAGUGGGGUCUGCACUGAACAUCUGUCUACCCGCGCCUGCCCACUCCCUCUAGGGCAGGCGCUGUAGUGGAUCAGGCACAGGGACAGCCAUAGGUCCCAGGUGGCCUGUGGCUUUGGUAGUGUUUGGUACCAAGACAGUGCUCAGGACUCCCUGCCCCUGGUACCUUUCCCCGACUCCCGUGCCCUCCCUCUUUGUCCCCCCCAGAGGCACACAUGCCCCAGAGAGACCACGUGAAGCACGGGAGGUGUCCCCUGUCAGUCUGCCCGGGGCAGAACACGGGGAAGGGACUAGAUGGAUGAGGGGCGGAGCCUCAGGCUACCCCUUCCCCUGUUUACAGCAAUAAGCAUCUUCUCCCUCCCACACAGAGAACUGUGGUUUGGAUUGAAUCCAAGUUUACAAAUAGACACCCCUGGGGGAGCAGGCAGUGGACAGGGGUGGGCAUUGGGGUGCCAGACAGGCAUGUACAGACACUAUAUCUCUAUAUAUAAUGUACAGACAGACAGAGUCCCUUCCCUCCUUAACCUUGAGCUCUCUUGACUCCCCUUCCAGAUUCAGACCCCUUCCCCACCAGGUUAGGCCCCCCUGGGACCCCCUGGCCCCUCUUUUGUCUUCUGUGAAGACAGGACCUAUGCAACGCACAGACACUUUUGGAGACCGUAACAACAAUGCCCCCUCCCUUCCAACCCUGAGCCAGGAACCAGCUCCCAGGACCUUGCCCCGCCCACCCCAUCCUGGGCCUUUUUCAAGUGCUUUGGCUGUGACUUUCAUACUCUGCUCUUAGUCUAAAAAAAUAAACUGGAGAUAAAAAUAA